AUGCGCGCUCAGCUCCGCAUCCCGCCGCUUUCUCGGGCUGGGGGGAAACAAAGCUGGGACCGGGGAUCUGUCACAGGCCGCGUCCCGGCGCCAGCCGCCGAGCUGGAAGCUGAGGCGAGCGCGAUGCCAGCAGCCCCCCGAACCCUCUGCGGGGCAGCCAGCGGGCUCCUACCCAUCCUUCUUCCAGCCGCGGCUGACUCCGGCCCGGGCACGAACAGCCCCCGGCUUCCUCCUCUCACGAGGAGAGGCAGGUGGAAAAGGAAGGGACGGGGAGACAGGAGCGGCCGCGGGCAGCAGGGGGCCGGGUGCCGGCAGCAGAAGCGGCCGGAGCCUGCCCGGGCCAGAGCAGCGACCUGUCCACUGCGGGCGCUCUCCUCCGGAGCCUUCGGUUCCCAGAAUGACCUAAAGGACGACAAACACACGGGAAGAGCAGGCACAAGGAGAGGAACGAACGAGAGAAAGAGUUUUGCUGAGGCACCAUCACUACAGGGAGCCUGCCAGCACUGCUGGGUGCACAGGACAUCUUGCACACCAAACUCCAGUCAGUCACCUCUGACGGCUUUUGAAUCCCUGUGCCAGAAACCCUUGAAACACAUCAUGAGAGAGAGAAUUAACUGCACGGGUCCUUUGUUCUUGGUGGCUAUCUCUUCAAACAAAGCGCCUUCGGAAAGGCACAUGACUAUCACAGUAAAGGGGUUUGUGUGGUUGGUGUUUCAGGAAGCAGGCAACUCAGAACAAAUUGUAUGGUGGUGGUCUCUGCCCUGGCAAAAUUGACCAAGAACGACCUUGAUGAAGGGCCUAGUGUUAAGGAGUUGUGAGCUGUCUCCUCAUGAGGAAGCCUUGUUGGCACUCAUACUGAACAGUCACGUCCUGUGCAAUGGAGUGCACAGCAUGCAGGAGAGAGAGAGAAGCCCAAGCUCCAAAAGACAGAGACAAAAGAUCAAAAGCAGUGAAGAAAUUAUGGUAAAGCAAUUAACAUCAGUCUGUUUGUUCACUCUUUUGCACACGUCUGUCUUCUGGUAGCUGAAGAGCAGUUUUGCCCUUUCGUCUCAAUUGACCAGUAGCCCUGCAGGUGGCUUUCACAAACCCCCAAAGUGACCACAGUAAGAAAAAUCUGCACAAUUACCUGGAGAUUAAGAGAGCUAGAACUGACCCAUUUUGAUGAAGGGGAUCGAAGAGCGUGCCAGAGAAACUGGAGGUAACAGCCAGUGCCCCAGCUUAUUCAGAUCAGAGAAGUGCAGGAACAAAUAGUUCCAGCACGGUUAUCCUCACAAAGAGAAGUGGGGAGCAGUGGAGAGAGGUGCGUGGUGAGGAGGAAAGACAUUUCAAUACUCCCUUCCCUUUUGUCAUCUCAACUUGGUAACACCUUAUGUAACUGGUUUGGUUUUUUUUUUUAA